AUGGCAAGCAGGCAGAGAAGAAAGGGAGGGAGGGAGAGAGGGGGGAGGGAUGUGCUUUGGCCCCCAGAGCCACUGGAAGCACAACAGGCAGAUCGAGGAUGUAAAUGGGAGAGGGAUGGAACCGGAAACCGAUGCACCGCUCCACUUCCGGGCUUCUCUUGUUCCCCCCCCUUCUACUUACCUUUCCGAUAUCCUUUCCCUCCACUACUACUGCUACUACUUACUGCUACUGGCUCAUACUACUACUUACUCUUCCCAACCAUAACUUUCACGGAUAUGGAUUUCAUUCUUUCUUUGACGCAUUUCUGCGAGGUGCAUGGUCCUACCUCGAUCAUCUGCUCGCAGGUCCUACCGUUCCCCUGUUCACAAUGCUAUCCCGACAAAUCUGAUUGCUCUCCCGACGAUACCCCUGCCACUUCUCACGACACCGUUUCAUCUCACGGCCUGCAGAGCCGCACGAAUAACAAAUCUACCCCAAAUAAACCCUCAGAAAAGAAUAACGACUCCUCCGAGAGGUCUCCCAGAAUAGAAGACCAUCCCUAUUUCCUGAAAGGCCAGGCCACGCCGGCUGAUACUCAACAAAGACUCAACUUUCUUGGUGGCGCAGACGGCGACACGUGCGCCAGUUGCAGCUUGACUCUACCUGAAGAUGUGAGCAAGCAGCUGCCCCCAGGUGCGCCAGGAACGGCCCGAAGUGACGGCAAGGGGAGGAACGGCAGUCCUGUUCUACGAUCUAGAGAGGUCGUCUACUCUUGUGGGACCAGUCACGCCGACCACGAUGAUACCACACACGACCCGCAUGUCCAUGCUUCAUACCCGGACUCUCUUCAUUCGGCCUCUGUUACAUCGGACGCCUCCUGUCAUACACACAUCCUCACCUAUCUUUCAUUGCGCGGACCCCCCAACCCGGCUGAUUACGCGCUUCUGCGACGCUCCUCCAUUCGAACACUGAGUUGCGAACUCUUGCCCCGCGGUCUUUCCUCGGGCCCGAUAUGUUUUGGCGAUUCUUCUGCAGGCUAUACCAUAGCUUACAUCUUUCGCCUGCCCGACCCCAUGGCUCGCGGGAAACGGCGUAGCUAUGCCCUUGUCGCAUUGGCAGGCAAAGACGCCGGUCGAGCAUUCCGUGCCUGCCCUGUGAUUUGGCGCGCAUUCGGUCGCAUUGCCACGGGCAUUGUCAACUCAGCGGAGAAAUACCAGGAAGAAGAAAAGCGUCGCGAUGAACAAAACAACGCAUUGAAUAGACGCGGGAGCAAACAGUAUACCCCUGUUUCGUCCUUCCUCACAGGGCGCGCUCUUGAUCCGGACGGACAGCUUCGUCGACCCGGUCAAGUUCGAGCGAGAAACCUUUCGGAAAUCGUGGGAAACCAAUACAUCUUUGCUGAAAUACAUGCACACUUUGUUGCGCUUCUGCAGCAGUUGGGUACGAUGUUUGGAGCCUCGCCCAUUUCAGAAGAACGAUUCGUGUGCAGCACAGUGCGCGAAGAAGACGCCACUGCUUCACGGAAAUCUUCAUUAGUUCCUGGUGGCAAGGAGAAGCCGCAGGAUAAGCUUUCGCGCCAAUACGAGGACAGCGAUCUAGGAAUGUCCACUUUGGACAUCUCCUCGGGGCCCAAGCCGAUCCCUAUUGCACCUCGCCGACCAGUGAUCGCAUAG